UAACACAACUACUAUAUUUUUCCCUUGCAUGUUUUAAGCAAAUGAUGGUAGGCGCUCGCUCUAGUCGUGCCAAAUCUCUUUAGCAAUCAUUCCUCCUACGUUUUUUGACAGUGAAAUCGAUUUUAAAUUUUUAUUGAGCUCCAUAGGAAAAUAUAAUCAUAAAUUGAGGGGUUUUAUGGUUAAAUCUGAGAGAGAGUAGCUUAAUGGUGCCUCUGUUCUUCAUCACAUACCAGAAAAAGAAAUGAUUCAUCAAAUCCACCUCAAAAACGAAGACUCAAUCCAAAUCUCACCUGCUCCUCCUCCGCUCACCGCGAAUCACUCGUCUAAUCGAAUAAGCCCAAUCCUUCUCUUCAUCAUCGUUCUCCUCUCCGUCGUCUUCUUUAUAUGCAGCAUCCUACAUUUAACGGUCAAAUGUUACUUAAAGAAGAAAAGAUCGAGACUUUCUUCCUCGGCGGCGGAUUCCGAUCGAAACCCAGAACUCUCGGACUCCGACACUUACCAGAGACAGCUCCAGCAGCUGUUCCAUCUCCACGACUCGGGUCUAGAUCAAGCCCUGAUCGAUGCCCUUCCCGUGUUUCUCUACAAAGAGAUCAACGGGUCCAAAGAGCCGUUCGAUUGCGCAGUGUGUCUCUGCGAAUUCUCGGAAGACGAUAAGCUCAGAUUGCUUCCGAUUUGCAGCCACGCUUUCCACAUCGAUUGUAUCGACACGUGGCUUCUCUCGAACUCGACGUGUCCGCUCUGCAGAGGAACCCUUUACCCUCUAGGGCACCAAUUCGAAAACCCGGAUUUCAAUUUCGGGUUUUUCGCCGGAGAAGAUGGAGAUAGGGCUUCUCCGGGGGAGAAACCGGCGGAGAGUGAUAUCAUGAGUGGGAAGAGAGUGUUCUCAGUGAGGCUUGGGAAGUUCAGGAGCACUAAUAUUAAUGAAGGUGAAGGAGGAGAGACAAGUGGGUGUGUGAGUGUGAACAGUAGUCUUGACAACAGGAGAUGUUUCUCAAUGGGGUCUUAUCAGUACAUAGUGGCUGAAUCAGAUCUGGUGGUGGCUUUGUGUCCUAAUAAUGAAGGUUUGAAGAAUGUGAAAGGAGAGACUGAGAGUAAUGUUGAAGGGAAGAAGCUAAACAUGAGAAAUAAAGGUGAGAGCUUUUCUGUGUCAAAGAUUUGGCAAUGGUCUAAUAAAAGAUCAAAGUUUGCAAACCAAGCAGAAACCAAUCUAGUGGCUUCUUCUUCUGCAUCUUCCUCCUCUUAUGCUUGUUCUGGUAGUACAGUUGGUGCUGGGUUUUCAUUGAAUGGAAGGAGAUUUCAGGGGCCAUGAUAAAGAGAGAAUGGGGUUAGGUACAGAUCAGGGUGUAGCUAAUUUUCUGCUGUUGAUUUAAUUAAAUCAUUGAUUUUGAGCUUUUUUGAAAUUCUUUUUGUUAACACUAUAUACUGUAGUGGUGGUCUUUUGUGUCUUUGUAGCUGAAUCUCUUUGUGUUUGUUAAGAGGAGAAUAAGCUUUGUUCUUUGAUUAAGUUUUAUGUGAUGCUUA